UCUGGGCAGAGGGACGGGUGGGGGAGGAUCGAGAGCCGGGCCGUCCAGCGUACCUGAAACGAACGGGAUUUUAGCGAGUAAGGAACCUCGUCGGGCUUUUAAUUUGGAGGCUGAAGCAUAUGGGAUAAUGCCAGUCAGAGAAGAGGUGGAGCGGGCGGUGGCGGCGCUAGACGGCGCGCGCGCCCAGCUGAAGGAGACGGACGGACCGGCGGCCGACCCCCAGCUGGGCGCCCAGCUGGCCCGCAUCUCCGAUCUCCUCGCCGACCCCAUGCUCGGCCGCAUGCUCAAGAUACAGGAGUCGCUGUCGCGGCUGCGGGGCCAGCUACUGGCGCACCCGUCGCUGGUGCCGGACGACUUCGACAUCGUGCCGGAGACGGGCGAGCUGGUGGUGCGGUUGUCGCCGCUGGUCGGCCGGCCGGCCAGCGGCGGCGAGCCGCGGCCGCCGCUCACCGACGGCGCCGAGCGCCACCUGCAGCCCGACUCCGACCCCGAGCCCGACCAGGAGCCUGACCAGGAGCCCGACCAGGACCGACACCAGGAGCCGGAGGAGGGGCGGGAGCGGGGGCUGGACCGGGACGACAGUGUCGAGGGACGGCCGGCUGAGGGAGGGUGACCAGAUCCUGGCCAUUGAUGGCCAGCCGCUGGAUGCCAACGUCUCGCACCCGCAGGCCAUCAGCAUCUUGCAGCAGGCCAGAGGGCUGGUGAACCUGGUGGUGGCGCGGGCGCCGGAGGAGAGCCUCGACACGAGCCCACCGGCAGUGCGGCGCACCGACAGCCCUCACCAACAGGAGAUGGUGCUGAACACGGAGUGGGCCCAGGUGGAGGUUAUCGACCUGGUCAACGACGGCACCGGCCUUGGCUUCGGCAUCAUCGGCGGCAGGAGCACCGGUGUCGUGGUCAAGACGAUCCUGCCCAGUGGCGUGGCCGAUAGGGAUGGCCGGCUGCAGAGCGGGGACCACAUCCUGCAGAUCGGAGAGCACAAUCUGCGUGGCAUGGAGUCGGUCCAGGUGGCGCAGGUGUUGCGCACCGCCGGCACGCAGGUGCGCCUGAUCGUGGCCCGCUCGGUGGAGACGAGCAGCCCUGAGUUCCAGGUGGCCAACUCGCUAAUCACGCGGGCACCAAUUCUACCGACGCGGCUUCUGGCCGACCCUGACGAACUGGACCACCAGCUGCACCUGCUGCAGGCGGGCUUGCCUGAGCCGCUGCCGAACGGCCUGCUGCUGCCGGACUGCGCCGACGGGGUGGUGCCGCGCGGCCUCGGUUCGCCCGGCCAGCUGAGUCCGUCCGGCUCGCUGGGCGGUCCGGCCCGCUCGCCGUCGCCGCUCCGUCUGCUGGCCGACACGGAGACGUGCGAAGUGGAGCUGGUGAAGGACGCCGCCGGCCUGGGCGUCACCAUCGCCGGCUACGUCUGCGAACGCGAGGAGCUGAGCGGCAUCUUCAUCAAGUCGGUGAACCCGGGCAGCGCGGCGGACCUCAGCGGCCGCAUCGCCGUCAACGACCAGAUCAUCGAGGUGGAUAACGUGCCGCUGAAGGGAUAUACGAAUCACGAGGCCGUGGAGCUUCUGAAAAACACUGCACAGGUGGUGCGGCUGAAGCUGGCGCGCUACGUCAGCGGCCCCAAGUACGACCAGCUAAAGCAGGCCAUCGCCAGGACGGAGACGAGCACGGCGAGCGAGCUGGCCGGCCGCGGCGCGGCGCGCGGACAGCAGUCCUGGUCUCCGUCCGGCGCGGACGGCUCGGCGGCGGAGGCCAGCGCCGGGGGCUCGGGUGACGCGACCCACUGGCAGGCCGGCGACGGCCAGGCGCCCGCCCAGUCCGGCUCCGAGGGCGCGGGCCCGCUGCCGGCCGACCUGGAGCAGGCCAUCUGUCGGCGCUGGACCGACUUCCUCGGAGACGGCUACGACAUUGUGGUGGCGCAGAUCAGCAAGUUCCAACCGGGCGGCGGCCUGGGCCUCAGCCUGGAGGGCACCGUCGACGUUGAGGACGGGCACGAGGUGCGGCCGCGCCACUACAUCCGUUCCAUCCUGGCGGACGGGCCGGUGGGCCGCAGCGGCAGGCUCCGCAGCGGCGACGAGCUGCUCGAGGUGAAUGGCCGGCCGCUGCUCAGUAUGAACCACAUCGAGGUGGUGAACGUGCUGAAGGAGCUGCCGACGGACGUGCGGCUGGUGUGCGCACGCAGCUGGGACCCGCCGCCUGCCGAGGCGGACGAGCUGGGACCGACGCCGCUCGGUCGACCGUCGGCCAUUGGUCGGCUGGCCGGCCUCUCCGAGCUGGGACUGGGCCCAGACCGGCUGCUCAAGGCCAAGUCGGACAGCUCACUGGCCUCCAGCGGCACGUCUGUGACGGACACAAGCCUGUCUCGGCUGCGCUCGCGCAGCAUGGAGCCGCUCUCCGGACUGGCCAUGUGGUCCAGUCAGCCGCUGGUCGUCACGCUGGAGAAGGGCGAGCGCGGCCUGGGCUUCUCCAUUCUUGACUACCAGGACCCGAUGAACCCGAACGAGACGGUGAUAGUGAUCCGGUCGCUGGUGCCGGGCGGCGCCGCCCAGCUGGACGGCCGCCUCAUCCCCGGCGACCGGCUCAUGUCCGUUAACGACGUGCGGCUGGAGAACGCCUCACUGGACCAGGCGGUGCAGGCGCUGAAGGGCGCGCCGGCCGGGCCCGUGCGUCUGGGCGUGGCCAAGCCGCUGCCGCUGGCCGCCGACGCCGGCAGCAGCCAGGUGAGUGCCGGCACCCAGCUGGGCCGUCACGUGCUCAAGGCGGAGAGCUUCUGAACCAGCCGGCAGCCGCGGCACGGCUCCGGACGACGAGCAGCGGAGGCGGCCGCCGCGCCCGGCCCACGGCGCCCCGUGACCACCAGUCUGCUGUGCUUUAAUUUGGGCGUGAAUACUGGAGACUAGUCAUGCAGAUCUUGUCGCUCAAGAAGGAUCAUUCGAGUGCCUAGUAAUCGUAGUGUGAGUAUGUUAUUUUUAACAGGCUUUGAUAUUCCGAGCGCUCGGUUUGACUUGUGUGAGGUAGAAGGUCGUUAUUGAUCGUGUUAUUGUUACGGUUGAUAUGAUAUUGAGUGUGAUUUGCGUGGCCGACUUCUCUGCGGCUUUUCUACCGCGUUUAACCCGCUCAGGUGUGUACAACUAACUGGCGUAUGGCUCCGCUCAGCGCCGGAGCCGGCCGGUCGGGUUUGACGAUGACCCGGCGCGCAUAGUCUGGUCCGGCGUGCCCACCACCGGGCGCGCCGUGUAGAGCAUAACCACGGAACUAACCCGGUGUGAGCGUGACCUCCAGCACAGCGGCACCUGCCGACUAUCUGGCGAAGGGGCUGGCGACUUUCUCGCACCGUUUUCCACACCGCGGUCACCCCUGAGCACGGGACACCGCGUGUACAGCUACGCGUCUCUUCACGCACCACUGAGCUCACGCACAUUCGGUGGCUCGGAGGCCCUUACCACUCUCACUGGCUAGCGAGGUUUGCGGGAACCCGGUCUUAGCCCCCCCCCCCCCCCCCACUGCAUGGACAAGCAGACGUGCAUACGCCUGAGUGUGAGCAUGCGCACGAUGGCCUGUCCGGCUUGUCUCCGAGCCGAGCUCUCCGUCCAGGCAGCCCCCUGUCUCCCUGCUGCUGAGGCCUGCUCGCGCCCUUCGCAUGGAAGCCUGCGUGUCUGUCUACCCACACCACCCGCUCGCGGCCUUAGAUCGCCUGUUUCGACUAGUCAUGUACCCGAGCAUAACAAACGCGCUAGAGCCGGCGUGCCAUUGUUGACUGAGUGGGCCGGUCGGCGGCUGCCUCGCUCCGUUGGGGUUGGCCGGUCGGCCGGCUCGUGGUCUGGCAGGGCGCGCGGAGGCGACCGCCAGUUCUGUGGGCUGCGCUCCUCGUUACCGAUGGGCAUGUUUCCGUACGCUGUGGUGUGCACGGCGGCCUGGUGCGCGCUGCGCUCCGUGUGAUGCGUGUCAGACUUAAAUAAACAAACCGAGUUUUAGACGC